UCAUAUACAAAACAAUACUCUAAGCUAGAUGUGCGGAUCUGUAGCCAGUUGAAACUUUUCACAGGGAGAGAGAUGGCUUCGCAAUCCAAUGAUCCUCGCCUACCGUCGGCUGCCCGGCCGUACAAGCAGCCGAUCGUCGCUCCGCAAGACCUCCCUGUCGAUUACUCAGGUUUCGUGGCCGUAAUUUUCGGCGUUUUUGGUGCCAUGUUCCGGUACAAGGUUUGCUCUUGGCUCGCAAUUAUUUUCUGUGCUCAGUCGCUAGCUAAUAUGAGGAAUAUCGAGAAUGAUCUCAAGCAGAUCUCCAUGGCCAUGAUGUUUGGUAUUAUGGGAUUGGUGACAAACUACAUGGGGUUGGGGCCUCGACCAAGCCCGAAAAGUUAGGAUCUUGGAUGUUCCAUUGUUCAAAAAGCUCCCACCUUGCUUAUCCAUGCCAACGGGUGGCAAUCACUCAUGUACCAUGUUCAAAAGUUGUACGACUACUGUCAUAUUUAGUUUUAACUCGUGCUGUUCAAAUUUUGUAUUAUCCGGGGUUGGAUGGGAUGUAUUUGGUUUUAGUUAGGGGUGGCAAAAUGAGUUAAGACUAGUUGACAAGGUCUCAUUUCCUGACUACUAAAAGGCAACAAGCCUUCUCGCAUAGCGAAGAAGGGACUUGUCUCAUUGAAUUUCGGACUUGCGGAAGUUCAAUUCAACCCAACUAGUUAUAGGUUGGGUUAGAUUGGUUAUAUUUUAAAAUGUGUUGAUAUGGUUGGAGUUAAAUAUAAUUAUAAUUUGUAUGGGUUCA